UCGUCAGCCUCGCCGGCGAGCGAUGGCCGCCUCCGUCUGCAUAUCAGAUUGCAUCGACAACACGUGCGUCGUCCCCGCCGGCCGGCCGACGCACGUGAGGCUCCACCGGUGGCCGGAGUCCGACGCUGAGUUCGUCCGGCGUCGGCCAAGAGAGGUGAACGGAAUCUCUCGCCGGCAAAUGUACCUGAGGAGCUACACGUUCUCGAGGGAGGAGACGGUCCCUGAGAGAACCCAGAAGUGCUUCCGAAAAGUUAGGCCGCGGCGGAGGGCGGAGGAGAUCGCCGCCGUCCCCCGGAGGAAAAGCCGGUGUUUGACCGCCGUCACGGGCGCCGCCUUUCUCUCCGUCUUCCGCCGGCUGCUUUGUUGCGUCGCUAAACUUGACGGUCGACGCAAUAAACGACAGUUGUGAAAUUCGAUUCGUGGCAACGUUAAUGUUAUUUUCUGUGUUGCUGUAAAUUUUAAAUGUUCAUAAAAUCCCGAGAGGGAAUUACAGGAAUAAAGAUACAAAAUUCUGAUCACUUUAAAUUAGCCAACGUUA